UAAAAAAAAAGAAAAAAAAAAGAAAAAAAGAAAACAAUAGAAAAAACCCGCCGGAAAAAUGCAGCGGACGGCGAAGAGAACCGAGACUGAGGCUGUGGUGGAGAAGAAGGUGAAAGAUCUGAUGGGGGAGAAGAGGCGGCUGGUGGAGGUGCCGUACACCGCCUCUCUUGCUCAAACAAUGAACGUUCUAGUUGCCAACCGUGUCGUGGCGGUCCCUGUGGCGGCGCCACCUGGCCAUUGGAUUGGCGCCGGCGGUUCCAUGAUCAUGGAGUCUGAUAAACGGACUGGGGUCCUAAGAAAGCAUUAUAUUGGGAUGGUCACCAUGCUUGAUAUCUUGGCUCAUAUUGCUGGCGACGAUCAGGACCACGAUCACGACGGCGGUCAUGAUCUGCUCGAUAUUGAUCGAAAGAUGGCGGUUCCGGUAUCCAACAUUAUUGGACAUAAUGUUGAAGGUUUGAGUCUCUGGACUUUGAAUCCCAACACCAGCAUAUUAGAUUGUAUGGAGAUAUUCAGCAAGGGGAUCCACCGAGCGCUGGUUCCCGUGGAUGGGCAGGUCGAGGAGGCCGUAGGCGUUGAGCUGGUCGAAUCAGCGUCGAGUUAUAGGAUGCUGACCCAGAUGGAUGUGUUGAGGUUCCUAAGAGAAAAAGUGCCAGAAAUUGAAGGGAUUUUGAGGCUAAGUGUGAAGGAAAUGGAAGGGAUGAUCAAUGAGAAUGUUAUGGCCAUUACAGAUAAAACUAAAGUUAUAGAAGCAAUCAAGUGCAUGAAAUCUAGUUUUCUCAAUGCAGUUCCCAUUGUUGGAAGUACUCAGCUCGGCGGCGAUCAACAAAGUCAUGCACAACUUUUUACCGGAAGAGGAAAGAAACUAGUAGGGACAUUUUCAGCGACAGAUCUAAGGGGGUGCCAGCUCGCGACGCUGCAGUUGUGGCUACACGAGACAGCGCUAGACUUCACUGAAACAAGAGGAAAGAAACUAAGUCCACUGUUUGAGGGGACAGCGGUGGCUGUGAGAGAGCUGGUCACGUGCCGGCCAGAAAGUUCAUUGGAGGAAGUAAUGGAGAAGGUAGUGUCAAACCAUGUGCACAGAAUUUGGGUAACUGAUGAACAUGGUUUGCUUCUUGGCCUAGUCUCCCUCUCAGAUAUGAUUAGAGUGAUAAGGCUUUCACUUCUUUCUCAACUCGAAAGCUAAUAACCUUCU